AUGCCUCCUAGCCCACCACCAAAUCGCAACACCCAUCAAAACCGACACAUUGUCGUGGAACGCCGUUCGGCUGCACCCAUGCGUACGUGCGAGCCGUGUCGCCGACGCAAGCGCCCAUGCAAUGGAGUGCGCCCCUGUGUCCACUGCAGCGAAUCCCACAUUGAAUGCGUCUACAGCGUCGUAUCCGAUCUGCCUCGCACUGUCUUUACCACCAGCAGCGCGCGCCGCUUGAGCUCCGGCUCUGCCUGUGAAACCUGCCGUCGCAGAAAGACAAAGUGCGACGGCGGUAGCCCCUGUGGGUUCUGCGCCAGCGCAGGCAUUGAAUGUGUCAACAAUUCAGAGCGACGGAAACGCGCCAUGGGCAUUCCUUCUUCUGCCAAUGGCUCCCCCGUCAACACCACCACUACUACUACCACCACCACCCACGGUGUCAACGGCACUCUUGUUGCCGGCAGCCAUCACAAUAACAACAACAAUCCACCUGACGCAGAAGCUAUUGACCGGAUCGAGGACCGACUGCGACGCAUUGAGGAACUCAUGACAGCAUUCACACCGGCUACGCAUAGUCCGCUGAGCCACGGCAGCAGCAGCAGCAGCAGCAACAGUGGUGGUGGGCAUUCUUCAACACGCAUGAUUCGCCAGCAUCGCCAUUCGGUUCAGGGCAUAAGCGUAGCCAAGGAACAGGCCGAACUGCGCACCGCGUAUGCCCUAAAAAAGAAACAGCGCAUGUCGCCGCCGCCUGCAUCGCUCGCUUUUGAUACAUUUACUACGACCACUGCGACAGCCAUGAACACCAUCCUCACCAGUACUACUUCUUCCACAACCACAUCAGCAUCUCCGUAUACAACAACUACUACUACUACUACUACAAAAACAGCACCCACGCCCCCGCAUUCAUCAUCAUCAUCCACAUCUUCGUCUGCCGCAGUAGCAGCAGCAGCAGCAGCGAUCGCACGCAAUGGAAGCAAUAAGCGAUACAGUCCGCCACGCCACGCAUCUCCAUCACCCCCACCACCACUGUCACCCACACUCAUGAUACGACAAUCCUCGACAACCACCAACCCAUUAACCUCAUCCAUGCUCAACCUCACACUGUCUCCAUCUUCGUCAUCUACCUCCUCUACAUCCAACAACUCGUCCAUGUUGAUGGCUGCGCCGCAGUCAUCCAUGUCCACUCCCGCUGCUGCUAACAACAUUGUGUCGCCAACAACACCCACUAGCAAUCAUGGUCACCAGGACCACCACCAGCUGCUGCCGCCACCAUCGUCAUCAUCGGCGUCAACAUGCAAUCCGCCACCACCGCCGCCGCCGCCAAGUCAUUGGAGCACGGCUGACACGAUGACGGAAUGGAAAAUAGCAUCGUCGAGCAUGCCGAGUUUGAUGGAUCAACUCUCAAAGCGGACGUUUGCAACCUCAUCGGCAUUCAACACUACCGAGUACCCGCCUUAUCCCUUAUCACUCACCCCUCCACAGUCGUCUUCCUCGCCUUCUCCUGCCAUCGAAUAG